AUGGUGGAGCCUUUAACUAAGCAUGUGUUAAAUCCGGUUCAGAGAAUUAUAGAAGAAAAACUGAUUAGUCUAUUGCGUUCAUGUAAAUCCUGCGAACGUCUCUACCAGAUUCAAGCCCAAAUAGUUACCCAUGGACUCGAGCACAACAAUUUCGUCGCGCCGAGUUUCAUCGCAACGUGUUCGCGACUCGGACGAAUGCACCACGCACGAAAACUGUUUGGUAAAAUUCCCGAACCAAAUACUGCUACAUGGAACGUUAUGUUCCGUGGUUACUCUCAAAACGAACUGCACCGUGACGCUGUUGUUAUGUUCGGGAAACUGAACCGUGCCGCUGCGAUGCCGAAUUGCUUCACGUUUCCGAUGAUCAUUAAGUCGUGCGCAAAGUCAAAAGGUUUUGUAGAAGGUGAAGAAGUUCAUUGUUGUGCUGCGAAGCUUGGGUUUAAGUCGAAUUCAUUUGUGGCUACAUCGUUGAUUGAUAUGUACUCGAUGAAGGGGUGUAUUGAAGAUGCUUAUAAAGUGUUUGGUGAAAUGCGGGAGAGGAAUGUUGUUGUGUGGACUGCUAUGAUAAGCGGUUAUAUAUCUUGUGGGGAUGUGGCUUCUGGGAGAAGACUUUUUGAUUUAGCCCCUGAGCGGGAUGUUGUAAUGUGGAGCAUUUUAAUUUCGGGUUACAUUGAAAUGAAGAAUAUGGUUGUUGCAAGGGAGCUUUUCGAUAAGAUGCCGAACCGGGAUACGAUGUCGUGGAAUGCUAUGUUAAACGGUUAUGCUGCGAAUGGGGAUGUUGAGUUGUUUGAGAAGAUUUUUGAUGAAAUGCCGGAAAGGAAUGUAUAUUCUUGGAAUGGACUAAUUGGUGGUUAUGUAAAAAAUGAUCUUUUUUCGGAUGCUUUGGAGUCGUUUAAGCGAAUGUUGAUUGAGGGUCAUGUGGUGCCUAAUGAUUUCACGCUUGUGGCUGUGUUGUCUGCGUGUUCGAGAUUGGGAGCACUUGAUAUGGGGAAGUGGGUGCAUGUGUAUGCAGAGAGUAUUGGGUAUAAAGGAAACUUGUUUGUUGGCAAUGCUUUGAUUGAUAUGUAUGCAAAAUGUGGUGUUAUUGAAAACGCUGUUGUCGUGUUUAACUGUUUGGAUAGAAAAGAUAUAAUCAGUUGGAACACUAUCAUUAAUGGACUAGCCAUACAUGGACACGCGCCCAACGCGUUGAGUAUGUUUGAUAGGAUGGAGAGUGAGGGAGAAGAACCGGAUGGGGUUACUUUUGUUGGAAUAUUGUCUGCUUGUACUCAUAUGGGUUUGGUCAAAAAUGGUUUUUUGUAUUUCAAAUCAAUGGUUGAUGAUUAUUCAAUUGUGCCUCAAAUUGAGCAUUAUGGAUGUAUGGUUGAUUUGCUUGGAAGAGCUGGUCUUUUAGAUAAAGCAUUGAGUUUUAUAAGAAAUAUGCCAAUGGAACCUGACGCGGUUAUUUGGGCUGCAUUACUAGGAGCAUGUAGGAUAUACAAGAAUGUUGAGAUAGCUGAGCUGGCUCUGCAGAGGCUUAUUGAACUUGAACCGAAAAACCCUGCAAAUUUCGUCAUGCUUUCGAACAUAUAUAAAGAUUUGGGGAAAUGGGAAGAUGUUGCCAGAUUGAAGGUUGCAAUGAGAGAUACUGGGUUUAGGAAAUUGCCUGGAUGUAGUGUUAUUGAGUGUAAUGAUAGUGUGGUGGAAUUUUAUUCAUUAGAUGAGAGGCAUUUAGAGACAGAAAGUAUAUAUAGGGUAUUGAAGGGAUUGACUGUGUUGUUGAGAUCACAUGGAUAUGUUCCAAAUCUCACGGAUGUUGCUCAAGGAAUCUGA